UGCGCAACGGCAAGCGAAACGGAAAGGGAGUGUAAGCGACGAACCCUGUCUGAUGUUUCGUUCGAGGCUUUUUGGAAGGUAUUGCGCCGGUAAGCAUGUCUAUGUGCAGCAUACUUUCCGCGCAGCCCAUGCAUCAUUGUGGUAGGGAUAGGGUGGGCAACUUUAGAAGGCGGUUCGCGACGUGCAAGAAGUCGCUUUGAAGCUCGAUCGCGUUUGUACGGGUGGGUCAGUCGAUCGGUAGAUUAGCUGGUGAACGGUUCGGCGAUCUUGCUCUCCGCUUCUAACACGGUGUAUUACGAGUGCUUUGCUUAUACGGAUUCAGUCGAGAGGUGCUGCGCAAGAAAAUAAACUACCAGCAGCCGAUUCACUACUUAUCGAUCGCAUAACAAACCCACGAUGGACGUCGAUAUGAAUGGCGGACGCGACCGUAUCGCGCCAAUGUUCAAAGAUCGCCACGUGCUGAUCACGGGCGGGACAGGCUUCCUCGGUAAAGCGCUGAUUGAAAAAUUACUCCGAUGCUGUCCGGAGAUUGGCCAGAUCUAUCUUCUAGUCAGAGCAAAGAAGGGCAAAUCACCGCGCCAACGCUUGGAGGACAUCUUUGCCAAUCCGCUGUUCGAGACCGUCAAGGGAAUGCGCGGUCUAGAUACGUUGAUAAGUCAAUGUACCGUGAUCGGUGGCGACGUCACGGAACCGGAACUGGCCAUUUCGCCCGAGGAUCGUAAGCUGAUUACGGAAAAUAUUUCUAUUAUCUAUCACUGUGCGGCCACGAUUCGCUUCGAUGAAACGCUCAAGAAGGCGGUCAUGCUCAAUACACGCGGCACUAAAUUUAUGAUCGACCUGGCGAAACAGUGCAAAAAGUUAGAUAUGUUUGGCUACGUUUCCACCUCGUACUGUCAUCUUAAUGAGAAGCUACUGCUGGAAAAGCCAUAUGCACCACCGGCCGAUCCACACAAAGUGAUCAAGGCGGUCGAAUGGCUUGAGGAAGGUGUGGUAGAUGGUAUGACCAAAAAAAUUCUGGGUGACUGUCCCAACACAUACGCCUAUACCAAAGCGCUAGCGGAAGCUCUCGUAGUGGAGUCGAUGGAUGAGAUCCCGGCGGUAAUUUUCCGCCCCUCGAUCGUUAUUCCCACCUGGCGCGAACCCAUUCCCGGCUGGACGGACAACAUUAACGGGCCGGUAGGUUUGCUGAUUGGUGCCGGCAAGGGCGUUAUCCGGUCGAUGUACUGCAACUCGGACGGGUACGGUGACUAUCUGCCGGUUGAUUUCGCUGUCAGUGCUAUGUGUGUUUGCACCUGGAACUACGUCGGUAACAAGGAUCACAAGCGCAACAUCUAUCAUCUGGUCAGUUCGGCAGAGAUUAAGGUGUCCUGGGAAGGUAUCAUCGAGCGUGGAAAGUGGAUCGUCUCAAACAAGAUUCCGCUCAAUGGUGUCCUCUGGUAUCCGGGCGGUUCAAUGAAGCGUACCCGAUGGGAACAUAAUCUGUCGGCCUUCUUCUUCCACUGGAUACCGGCAUUCGUGAUCGAUUGUCUACUUUACUGCUUCGGAUAUAAGCCAAUACUGUGGAGGAUACAUCAGCGUAUCGCCAAGGGUUUUGAAGUGUUCGAAUAUUACGCCAACAAUCAAUGGGACUUUGACAAUGCCACUGUACUAUAUCUGCGGACGAUUAUCAACGAAGAGGAAAAGGUCAAAUUCAAAAUAGACGCUGGAGGUGUUGAGAUUCAGGAAUACUUCGAGAACUGUAUACGAGCCGCUCGAUGGUAUAUUCUGAAGGAAAUGGACGAUACUAUCCCCGCUGCUAGACGUCACAUGCGUGUCAUGUGGUGGGUCGACAAGAUAUGUAAGACAUUAAUCUACGGUGGACUCAUUUACUACAUCGGCAAGGCGCUCUACUCGCUGCUAUUUGCGUCCGUCUUCUAGAUCUAGCAUCACCAAGCAACGGUCAGCAGUAGUACCGUACCCUUAGUGCGUUAGUUUGCGUGUGAUUAAGUGCAAUUAAUCUAUCGAUUCCAUCACACACCUUCCGUGCCUUGCUUCCUCGACCAUGUAGCAGGGUUCCUUUUGUAUGUUAAGUUUUCCCAUUCAUCAUUUGGUUUGCGUUUUGUGGGCAUAACGUCUAAAUUUUCACCAUCCCAACGGCACCCGUCGUCGGGUGCGUUUAUUUCGUUUGUUUUAUUUUUUUUUUGUUACUAUUAUUAAGGAAAGCAGUACCAUAACCCCACUUAUUUUUGUCUUUUCUAGUGAUGGUGUAGACAUGAGUUUAGGUUGUUUUUUUUGUCGUUAUGAGUUUGGAAAUACGACCAGAUCGAUUCUGAUUAGAUGAAUAAUCAAUAAAGUGUAGUACUGUUUGAUUUUUAUCACCUCAAAAAAAAACCUAAU